UGGAGACGGUCCCGGGCGGAAGUAGGAAGUAGCAGCGACCUUGCGUGCCACCGGUCACCUGACUAACAUGUCUAACUCGGAGCCGGUUCCCCAUGUGGAGCCGGGGGCAGCUCCUUAUGGCAAUUUCCCCAACUAUUACACCUUCAAUCCGCCAGAAAACCGUAUCAGCCUGUUGCCGGCUGAGCUGCUUCAGAAGCUUUUCCGGAAACCGACUGAGAGCGACCGCUGCGCCCGGCCUCUGCUGGGACUGGAUGUGGGGUGCAACUCUGGGGACCUGAGUGUUGCUUUAUAUAAUCACCUCAUGCAGCCAUGCAGCCAGGCAUCUGAUGUUCCCCAGGCUCUACGCUUUCUGUGCUGUGACAUUGACCCGGAUCUCAUAACCAGGGCUCAGGCCUCAAACCCAUUUCCCGAUUUUAUUUCAUAUGCAACAUUAGACAUCAUGGAUUCCUUGGCUGUUCAGGGGCCUGUAAAAGAUUUUCUUCAACAGUUUGGCUGUUCCACCUUUGAUAUUACGUUCUGUAUGUCUGUGACCAUGUGGAUCCACCUCAAUUAUGGUGACCAGGGGCUAGUAACUUUCCUUGGCCGCCUUGCAAACCUUUCAGAAUACCUUCUCAUUGAGCCACAACCCUGGAAAUGCUACCGUUUGGCUGCUCGUCGCCUUCGCAAGCUGGGAAGGCAGGAUUUUGACCAUUUCCGCUCAUUAUCUAUCCGCGGGGAUAUGGCAGAGAAUAUAACUCAAAUCCUGACUGGAGAGGGCACCGCUAAGCUUAUUCACAGCUUCGGAAAUACAAGCUGGGACCGCAGCCUCUUGCUUUUUAAAGUUCAGCGGCCUCCUUGCUAACGUGAUCCUACUGUUUACAGACUAAGAAUCUGAAACCACAUUUAGAGACUAUGGGCAUUUGCACUUUCUUUACUGCAAGGAUGUAGAGGAUUUUAUUCUUUUAUAUGGAAAAUUAACAUUUAACUAUUAUUGUGUUUCCAGUGAAAGGCAUUAAAAUUCUUAAUACCAAGGUUUUUGAAAGACAAGUAAUGCCAAAAAACAAAUUAUUUCUUUGCAUUCACAUAAAAAUGAACUCCAUG